CGGCUCAGACUCGGCCAUCAGACGCUCAGCGUGACUGCCGUGCUGCCGCCGGCUCGGCUAAGAUCGCGGCACACGACAUCGGCCAUGAUGCGCACGCGCCGCCGCACCCUGCCGCAGAAGGAGCGUGCGGCUUGAUGAUGCGGAUGCGGCCGUGAAGUGCACUCGACCCGCGGCGUCUUGCUUUCGUUUGCCUCGCCUGCGGGAAGAACGCAGAGAGGCAGGUGCGGGUGGAGGUAUAAGACAGGCCGCUGCCGCACGACGGCGAACGCACCCUUCCACCAACACACCCGUGCCUCUCUCACCCCACCACCACACACACACCCUCACACUAGCUACCAUGGCCGUCCCGAAGCAGCACCGCGCCGCCCAGGUCGUCGGCAAGGACAAGCUGCAGGUCAACACCGUCGACACGCCCACGCCCGGCGUCUCCGAGGUGCUCAUCAAGGUCUCCGCCAGCGGCGUCUGCUACUCGGACCACUUUGCCGCCGCCGGCAUCAUGGGCCCGGGCGCCGAGGGCAAGAUCGUCCCCGGCCACGAGGUCGUCGGCCACAUUGUCGCCGCCGGCGCGGGCGUGGCCAAGGAGUGGGCCGAGAACACGCUCGUCGGCCUCGGCUGGAACGGCGGCUACUGCGGCACCUGCGCCAACUGCCGCAAGGGCGACUUCACCGCCUGCGCCGGCGGCCGCGUCACCGGCAUCACGCAGAACGGCGGCCACGCCGAGUUCGUCGUCGCCGACCAGUCGGCCCUCGUGCGCCUGCCCGAGGAUGCCGGCAUGAGCCACGCCGAGAUGGCGCCGCUGCUGUGCGCCGGCAACACCGUCUGGGAGGCGCUGCAGUGCUCGGGCGCCAAGGGCGGCGACGUCGUCAUCGUGUCGGGCCUCGGAGGCCUCGGCCACCUCGCCAUCCAGUACGCGCGCAAGCUCGGCUUCUACGUCGUCGCCGUGUCGGGCUCGCCGGACAAGGAGGAGCUGGCCAAGAAGCUCGGCGCGCACGUGUACUUCAGCGCCAAGGACGACCUCAAAAAGGAGAUCAAGGAGAAGCUUGGCGGCGCCGCCGCUGCCAUCGCCACGGCACCGUCGGCCGAGGCCAUCUCGUCGCUUGUGCCGCUGCUCGGCCGGCGCGGCAUGGUCGUCGUCGUCGGCGUGCCCACGGACGGCAAGCCGAUCGAGGUGAACCCGAUGGACCUGAUCAGCUCCAUCGGCGGCGUGCGCGGCAUGACGUGCGGCUACGCGGCCGAGAACGAGGCGAGCAUCCGCUUCUCGGUGCAGCACGGCGUGAAGAGCAUGGUCACGGAGUACCCGCUCGACAAGGCGCAGGAGGCCUACGACGACGUCAUGGGCGGCAAGCCGCGCUUCCGCAACGUCAUCGUGUUCAAGUAGACGCUUCGCUGCUGGCCCUUUCUCGCUGCGCAC